AUUGUUUUUUAUACUAUGUUGUAAGCUGCUUUCACAAGUUUAUUCAAACAAUCUCCCAAAACUUAUGUUAGUAGAUAUGCUCAAUUGCAAGUCAAUCCAAUCGGAUAUUAAAUCAAAUUAUAGUUAAAUUAAAUUUGUCUUUUAUCGGUUUUAAGAAUUUGUUAUUUCUUAUAGUUGUGCUCUCUGUUGGAACUUAAAGGAAGUUGCCAACAACAGUCGAUUGUCUCUCCUUAAUAGUCAUAAUCCCACAAUCACAACUUAAAUGGAAUUAGCUCAGAAGCGCCGUCCAAAAAACAAAAAUAACAAAGUUGCUAAGAAGCAAAAAGUAGGGAACACAGAGGGAGAUCCUCAUGCGACGAUCAAAAAACCGUUUCUUCCUAAGAAGCAAAAAGUACAAAAAACUGCUGAGAAGUGCCGAUCAAAAAAAAGAAAAGUGAAGUUCUAUCCCAUUAAGUUUUAUGACAAACCAUUCCCUAAGGAGCCUCUCAGGAUAGAUUGGGAUGCUGCCUCUGAAGCAAGACGCAAAGGGAUUAAUUUGUUAGGGGAAAUUAUAUCGAAAUUUAAGAUUCAGAGGGCCCGAGAGUUAGAGGAAUGGAAAGAAAAGAAGAGGGCCCGAGAGGAAGAGGAAAAGAAAGAAAAGAAGAGCCAAUUUGCCAAGACGUGCCUUUCAAAAGACAAAAAAAUAGUGUUGGAGUACGUUCCGAUGGAUUACAAUAGAUGUAAAAAGUUGAGUAGUUUUGAUAUGGAUCAUUAUCUAGCUGUCAUUGAAGAACGUCGCAAGGCUAUUGAGAAGGCUUUACAGGAGGACAAGGAAAAGUUGGAGGUUGAUAUUGAUAGGGCCAAUGCUACUGAUAUGGAAGAAGAAUGA